AUGGUUUAUGUUCAUUUCUCUCGACCAUCCAACAAUGCUAAACUCAUUGAAGUUCAAUCUAAACUAGGUUUAAAAAAAGGAAAUGUUCUCAGGAUAUGCGAUACAAGAUGGGUAUGUCGCUAUAAAAAUUGCGAGUCGAUGAUAAAAAAUUACUCAUCAAUAUUAGAAUUUUUAAAGAAUGAAGUUGAAGCACAAGUGGACAAAGAUGCUAUUGAAGCUAUCGGUAUUCUCGGUCAAAUACAAAACUGUGCUUUUUUUAUUGGAGUUACUCUAUUGAAAGACAUUCUUGGUAUCAUUAAUAUAAUAAGUGUCACAUUACAAUCUAAAAAUGCCACUUUAGGAAAAGCAAAAAGCAUUAUCAAUGGAAGUAUACAAAGUAUUGAAAAAUUACGUUCUGACAUUGAAUUUUCUACAUUUUGGCAAAAAAUUACAUCUUUAGCUGAAGAGAAUGAUAUAACCCUUGAAGUACCACACAAAGGUUCUCUGAAGAAAGUUUAUCUAUGGCUUGCUCCGUUGAUAAUUUUAUGA